AUGAAUGUAAUCGCUUGGAAUUGCCAAGGUGCGGCAUCAAGAAAGUUUUACCGCACCUUGAAACAGUUCUUGUCUGUUUAUAAGCCCGUUAUUUUGUGUUUACUGGAACCAAAAGUUUCAGGGGUUCAGGCUGAUAGCAUAUGCUCCCGGCUUGGUAUUGAGGAAUGGCUUAGGGUAGAGGCUUUUGGAUUCACGGGGAUUUGGGUGCUUUGGAGGGAUACUAUCUCGGUUGACAUCCUCACCACCCAUCCCCAAUUCGUUAACAUAAGGGUAGGAGGAAACAAUACUCAACUGUGGACAUUUUCUCUUGUUUAUGGGAGUCCUCUCGCGUCUCUUAGGAGGGAACUCUUUUCUAGAUGUGCAGGGUUCGUCGAUUGGAUCCAUAAGGAAGGUCUGUUGGAUUUUGGCUAUUCCAGAUCAAAGUAUACAUGGGUGAGGGGUCAGAACCAUUCUACUUUUAAAGGGGCAAGGCUGGAUAGGGCAUUGUGUAACAUGGAUUGGAGGAUUCAGUUCCCAAAUGCAGAUGUUGUUCACUUGCCAAGGGUUACAUCGGAUCACAAUCCAUUAUUAGUCAGAAUGGAUCCUCAUAAAGCAGAUGUGGCAGAAAGGUACUUUAAGUAUAAUGCGAAGAAGCAUGUACUAGCCCGUAUAGAGGGAGUUCAAAGAAGCUUAGCUAUACAUACCAACCAAAAUCUUCUUAGAUUGGAUCAGAAGUUACGUAAGGAGCUAGAGGAUAUCCUCUACCAAGAGGAGUUGUUGUGGUUCCAAAGAUCACGGGAAGUUUGGAUAGCCUCGGGAGAUAGGAAUACAAGAUACUAUCAUACUGCUACGGCAGUCAAAAAGGGAAGUUCCAGAAUAAGUAGUUUAAAGGAUGAUGAAGGAAACUUUCCGCCCCUCUACCAGUCAACUUGGAUGUAUAUUAACUCGCCUGUUUCUCCAGAAGAGAUAAAGGAGGGCUGCAAUAACACCAUCCUAGUCCUGAUACCCAAAGCCUCUUCUCCGGACUCAGUUAAGCAAUUGAGACCAAUUGGUCUGUGCAAUAUAGUCUACAAAAUUCUAACAAUAGUCAUGACUAAAAGAUUAAAGCCUGUUGUUCGGAGCUUGAUUGCUGUCAUCAAAUGA